AUGUUCGGUGACACGCAGGACGGCGCUCUUCUUGAGGCAAAUGUGUACUGUUUGCUUUCCAAGUAUGGACUUUCCGACGAGAGCUUUGCGCUCUGGCAUAAGAGGAACCUUCCACAUCCGCUGUAUUCAAGCCGACGGGACAUCGUGUUUCGGAUGAACGCUCUAUACCACCGCCUGAUGGACUCUUUCAACUUUGGCCCCAAAAUUGUCCCGUGGUUUACUCAAAAGUUGCCUUACAGUGUAUGCGCUGGCUAG